AUGUCUCUAUUAGGCAGCAAAAUUAAGGCUGCCGCACAGGCCAGGAGCGCUGCGCGAGCACCGGCGAGGGGCCCCUCGAUUGCCCCGAUCAAGCGGGGCCCGGCCCAGGUGCAUGCUGCCUAUCAGCAAUACGAGUCGCAGCGCCGCGCGCCAGCCCCCUCCACGCCCAAGAACGCGCCUCCAAUCAUCAGCGGGCCCGUGCCCGAAACGCCCCUGCCCGUGGCCGCCGCGCCGGCGACGCCCCCUGCGGUCCCGGCCACGCCCGGCUUUGGCGCACUGCUGAAGCGAAGCGACUCGGGGCGCGUGAACGUCCGAUUCUGGCUCAAGUUUCGCGUGGAGUAUGGACAGUCCCUCCGCGUCACUGGCGGCAGCAAGGUCCUGGGGGCAUGGGACCUGGCCAAGGCGCCCAGGAUGGUGUGGUCGGAGGGUGACCUCUGGAACGUCACCCUGGACCUCGACGCCGGCAUGGUGUACGAGUAUAAGUAUGUUGUGGUGGGCUGGGACGGCCAGACGGCGGCUGCAUGGCAGACAGGCGGCAACGGCGUGAUUGCCCUGCAGUGGGGCGACAAGGACGUCGAGAUUUUUGACAACUGGGGCAACAACCCCGGGGCUAUGGUCAUCACUGACGGCUCCGAGGCCACCCGCGAGAAGAAGCUGCUCGCAUGGGCGGGCGACUACGCGCCCGGGACGAGAUCCGCAGCCUGA